CCGUCCAAAUCGAAUAAAGAAAGAGGCUAGUUGCAUCAUGCAAUUGACACACUACCAUUGCCUCAAUAUAUAAGGUGCAUGACUGAGUUUAUUAAUAGUCAACAAGAAGGGCUUGUAGAAUUCUAAGGCUAACCUCUCGCAUUUCAUUCAUGGUGGCUAUGAGUGGUUUAGCAAUAUGACGAGAUGGGUUUUCUUCUCCACCAUCAUCUUGCUUGUGUUUGUUGCAUGCACUUUCUUCCUGGAAAUUGAUCUCUCUAGAAUAGCAAGCACCACUUUUCUCAAGACAAUUGUAUUCAACGAGCAAAAACCUCAAUUCUUACUUAACUGCACUGAUGGGAACUCAGCAGCAACAUGUUCAUCAUACUACCCCACAACAUUUGAUCUUGACAAUGAUUCAUCAUCAACCGCAUCAUGUCCAGAGUACUUCAGAUGGAUCCAUGAAGAUCUCAAGCCAUGGCGGAGCACAGGCAUCACAAGGGACAUGGUGGAAAGGGGCAAAGACACUUCACAUUUCAGGCUUGUAAUUGUGAAUGGAAAGGCUUACAUAGAAAAGUAUGCUAAGUCAUAUCAGACAAGGGAUGUGUUCACAAUAUGGGGCAUUUUGCAACUUCUAAGGUUGUACCCUGGGAAGAUACCGGAUUUGGAGCUGUUGUUUCAGUGUGGUGACAGAACUGUUGUGUUCAAGAAAGACUUCCAAGGGCCACAAGCCAUGUCACCUCCCCCUGUGUUCCAUUACUGUGGAGAGGAGAAUUCAUAUGACAUUGUCUUCCCUGAUUGGACCUUCUGGGGUUGGGCUGAGCUCAACAUAAGACCAUGGGAAACAACAUUAAAUAAUAUAAAAGGAGGCAACAAGAUAGUGCAAUGGAAAGAUAGGGUACCCUAUGCUUUUUGGAAGGGCAACCCUGCAGUGUCUAAUAUUAGGAAGCAACUCGGCAAGUGCAACGUCACAGAAGAACAUGAUUGGAAUGCAAGAAUAUAUGACAUUCAAUGGCAGAAGGAGAAACAAAGCAAUUUCGAGAACUCAAAACUUGAAAAUCAAUGCAACUUUAGAUAUAAGAUCUAUGCAGAAGGGGCCACGUGGUCUGUGAGUGAAAAGUACAUAAUAGCAUGUGACUCAAUGACCAUGUUCAUAGAGCCAAAGUAUUAUGACUUCUUUACAAGAAACAUGUUACCUUUGAAACACUAUUGGCCUAUCAGCACCAAAAACAUGUGCGAAGACAUUAAGUAUGCAGUGGAUUGGGGAAAUACUCACCUUGACAAUGCACAAGCAAUUGGAGAUGGAGGAACUAACUACAUCUUGGAGAAUUUAAAGAUGAAGUUUGUGUAUGAUUACAUGUUUCAUCUCUUAAAUAGUUAUGCAAAACUAUUGAAAUUCAAACCAACCAUACCCCCAGGAGCUGUUGAGUUUUGUCCUGAAAGCAUGGCAUGUUCCCUCCGUGGUCUAAGGAAACGAUUUUUGGUCGAGUCAAUGGUGACAUCACCAAGUGAUACACCUCCAUGCACAAUGCCUCCUCCUUAUACACCCCAAACUCUCGAACAGUUUCUGCAGGAAAAGGAAAAUCUGAUGGAACAAGUGAAGACUAGGAAGAUCAAUACAACGCAAUAGAGAUUGGUGUUCAUUGUGUUAGAGUCUGAUUGAAUUCAAGUUUAGAAUUUUUUUUAGAGUUUAUUUACAAAUUUUGUUUCUUCUUAUUUUCAGAAACACUAAAGGAUUCUUCCAAACUUGUAUUGAAACAUGAGCUUAGUCUAUAUACGUAGAUGUAGUUAUGUAUGCCACACUAUAUAUCAAUUAGUUGAGCAUUUUUUUGUUAAUUUAUAUAAAGUUUUUCAGUUA